UUUUAUGAUGUAAAGAUGUGUAAGACUUGCUGUACAACUUUUUUUUCCAGAUGCAUAUGUAUAAAUCACCUCAAAGCAAAUGGAGUUCUGAAUAAAGGAGAGAGCCUGGUCUCAAGUAAUGGAUACUUCAGAGCUACCUUUCAAACGGAUGGCAAUUUUGUCGUCUAUACAGGAACUGGGAAGCCUCUCUGGGCAACUGGAACAGCAGGAAAAGUAGAUGCAGCUAAACUGAUUUUGCAGAGAGACAACAAUCUGGUAAUAUAUACAUAUGGUGGCAGAGCAAUAUGGGCAUCGAAUUCAGUAAGGCCUUACCACAGUGACUGUAUCAUGGUUAUGCAAGAUGAUGGGAAUUUGGUGAUUUACCGAACAUCACAUGCCACAACACCUAUUGAUGCUAUCUGGGCCACAGGAACUAGUCAGAAGUGAUGUUGUCAUAGAGG